UUUUUGUUCAUGAACUAUACAUUCGUGUAGAAACAAGAUUACUCGAUCAACUGCUGGUGGAGGAGGAUGGAAAUCAGGAAUUCGUUACGGGAACGGAGAGAGUUGAGUUACUUCCGCCCACUCUGCUCGUCCCCCCCUCCGGCUUGUGCGCGUGUUUUUUACCGUGUAUUAUCCAGCUGUGGAAGCAGCGCUGGACCGCAGGUUUCCAUGUUGUGAGGUAAAAGGGGGGAGCUGUUUUCGCUACUCCUCUGUCUCCCUCUUUGUACCUCAAAAAAAAGAACAUUAGCAUUGUUAAGCCUGUAGGUCUGUCAGCUUUUUUCGUUUCCCUGGGAAAUGUUGCCGCCUGCAAAACGAACGCUUGUUCGCUUUCAUUUCGUCCACUCGCCAGUCCUUCGUCCGAUUGUAUGUCUCUACGUCUUGAACCGUUUACUGCCCCAUUCUUUUUUAGCACCGUGUUCUUCGUUUUAUGCGGGACACCCAGGACCGCGAGCCUUGAGACAGUGACAGUGUGCUCUUGCUUGUUUUUGUCGGUGACUCGUCUCUGCAAAUGUACGGCUACAGCAUGUACGUCAGUAGUCAACAAUUGUUCAGUGCACGGGAAUGCUUUCGUUGCCGGCUUUUUUCGUUUGCCGGUCGCAUAAGCCGACCCUACAAAACUGUCCGCUUAUCCUUUAAUAUUGUAAACCAGUACUGCGAUCGCUCUGGCCCGCUGCUUGACAAGGUCUACUGAGUUGGUUUUUGCUUCGUUGUCUCUCCUCACGUCCGCCACUUCUCUUCAUUGUUUCCUCUUUACAGCCUGUCGUCGAACCUUUCUGGACAACACAACAACCCGGCGCCAUAUAAUGCUUGCCAGCAGCUUCCGUAUGGCGCAAGGAGGGUAGCCACACCCACGAACACCUGAAGUUCCCGAGGGGGGUGCAAACCUGUCGCCUCGUUGUUUUUCACCCAGUUUCACUCUCCAUAAUGAGCUUCCUAUGGAGCGGUAGCUCGAUUAUUUCCUUUUCCGGUCUAGGCGGGACGAGCAACACAAAGGGCGAAGAUGUUCCACUACAAGGGGCAUCUGACAGAGGAGCUGCCCCUUCCGCGCCCGGGGCACAUUCGGAAGAGUUGCCUGAAGUGGACGCGAGUGGUGAGCAGCAGUGGCGUGAGUUAGAUGAAGUGUGGAGUGGAAAUGGGGGCGAGAGCAGCAGAGAGCCGCAGCGAAUAGGGAAAAGCUUGUUUCCUUUCUUGAGCAACGGCGGUCGCACAGGCACCGCUGCCCGCGUUUCGCCGUCUACAGUAGGUGAAGCGCUGCCAGCAGACAAACCGGGUGUUUGUACGCCUCCGGAUGUGGCUGCGUCGUUUGACAAUUGGCGUCAAAGUGUUUCCCCGAGAAAAAAAUCGAACAGUCCCCGAGGGGAUCCCCAUUUUUCAUGGCCCUCGCACGAAGCGCAUUCGUCUGGUCCUCGACAACGUAGUUGUGGAGACAGCCGCUUUCUGAGUGGGGCGACGGAAUCCCGUUCCUCUUAUGAUGAGCAUAGCGCUCAGGGAUCCUCCCGCACGCCUUCCACCGUCGGGAUGUGGGGCCCCAGCAGAGGCGCGUCUCGUCCUGGGAUGGCUGAGCCUGAUGGUCUUCCGCUCUAUUCUGUCCGUACAGCCUCGCAGUCUCUGUCUCCGAAUCCGCGUCACCGGGUGGAGGGCCAGUUUUCGAGGCUGGCUACUGACAAGGACGGAGGCGUCAGAACCGGAAGCUUCGAUCGGAAGGCGGAACAUCAGCGAGUUGGCCGCCGCCCCGUCGACGAGGGAGCGAUUUCAGGGGAUGAGUCUGAGGAGGCUCCGCCACACCACUUCACCCGUCCUACAAGUAUCCAGAGAAAGCCUGGGCGCGGAGAGGGUGCGAGAGGAGACACCGCUGUACCCAGCCGCGCGAGGACGACAUCACCGGAUGACACGCUACGAGAUGUGAAGGCCCAGGUGUCCUCGGGAGCGAGCGGCACACGGCGGUCGUCUCUGGCAGGGUCAGUUCCCGCACCCAGUGAAUCGCUUCUGCAGCAGCGCCAAAACACUCGCCGGCAACAACAAGAACUACUGCAGUAUUCCAAUUCUGCGUCGACUUCUUCCCGAUCCUCUUUCCCCUGCCCUUCUCUCCAGAGAACUUUCUCGCCCGCUGCCGAAUCCGAGGCUGCUGUCUCUCGGGAAGACAGUCGAGGAGACCGUGUUCACCCCUGCCGCUUCAGCACUCCGUCUCUGUUGUCAACUCAUGACGGCGCGGGCGAGAGGGAGAUGGAAGACAGGGCAGAGCGGGAGAUGAAAGACCGAAGAGGAAGUGGACGGCCGGAGCAAGAGAGAGAAAGUGAAGAUGGUGUCGCCGCUUCAGCCGCCAGGGCCGCGCGUCGAAGAGUUCUGCUUCAUAAACUUUUUGGAGUCAAGAAUUCUGCAAGCGGAGAGAGAGGCGAGAGGAAGUGGCAAAGUAUGGAAGAUCGAAAUCUAGUCCAUUUCAUGCAGAUGCACCGUCACACAUUCUUUCGACGACUCAGAAGAGGCGUGCCGCCGUCUCACAGGUGGAACGCGUGGAAAGCCGUGUGUCUGCCGCCUCCUGAGCAUCGGUGUGCUUGUCCUUCUUCCUACUCGCUUCCUUCGGAGAACGUGGACUCAGGCGCUCUGGGCUCCGGCUUCCACCCACAGUCUCAGCCGUUGAUCUCCUGCGUCUCCUCGCCGGCGGCUGGAGGAGUGGGGUCGGCGCUAACUCGAACUUUCUCCAGCCCACAAAAACCUGUCGCUGGGGGUCCAGGGGGCUCGGGGCGAGCUGAGAGAGACUCGUGGAAGGACAGCCGUGGGGGGGCUUCGUUGUUGCAGUCGCAGAGACAGCGGGGUCUGGGGAGAGAAGAAGAACGUGACAGAGGGUGUGAGGCGGAAAGUCAGUGUGGCAGAGAAGGGAGACACUCUCCAGGCAGGGAGGACACGAGUCGAGAGAGGGAGGAUCGACAGCGGGCUUCGGGGCCUGACUCGAGGAUGCUGCGAUGGACAGGCGUGGAAGAGCGAGAAGGCACCGGAGGCUGCUGUCGAGCUGGCGGCGACUGCCGAAGAGUCUACGAAAGACAGGCAGAGAGGAGAUCCAGUUUUUUCGCUCUCAUCAUGAUCGAUGUGCCUCGAACGUUUCCGGAUGUUGAGGUUUUCGACAAGGAUGCGCAAGCGCUGCUGUGUCGAAACCUGAAUGCCUUUGCCAAUAUACACCCGGAAGUCGGAUACUGCCAAGGAAUGAACUUCAUAGCAGGUCUUCUUCUUCUUGUUUCGUCGUUCGACGAGUUCGACGCCUUCUGCGUCUUCCGAGCUCUCAUGCAACGGUACAGACUGAAGGGCUUUUUCCAGGAGAAAUUUCCGCUCCUACGGAAAUACAUGAAAGUUUUUGACACUCUGGCGUCUCAACAACUCCCUGAGCUUCGUCAACACUUCCUCGACGAGGGCGUCCUUCCGGCGGUCUAUCUUCACCAAUGGUUCCUAACGCUGUUUGUCACCUCGCUGCCUCUUCGGAGUGUCUGCGUCCUCUGGGACUUUCUUCUUGGAGAAGGUCUCCAUGGCUUGCUCGAGCUUGCAGUAGCUCUCCUCAAAGUGCUUACGCGUUUCAUCAUUCAUCUACGAUUCGAAGAAGUUGUAAAGUUCCUCAAAUCGCUGAAGAGCAGCGGAGGCGGCUGCGACGACUUCAAAGUCGGAAAGAUGCUGGUGAAGCAGGCCGCGAAAGUCCAGCUUCCAGACACGCUUCUCACGGACCUUUUGACGACGGACCUCGCCGUGCUCAUGCGCGAAGCUGAGGAAGAGGAAGUGGCCGAGGCGCAGGCGCGUGCCGCCGGAGUCGCUGCGGCAGCUGCAGCAGCGGCAGUUCCUGAGGAUGAGGAGCAGAGCAACCCUUUGGUCGAGACGCUGACGGAAGACGAAGAGGACGAGGAGACGGACCGCGGGGAGCGCCACAGAACUCACGGGGACUUGAAAGAGAAAAGGAAACAUCACGGACGAAGCGAGCGCCAUGCGCGGGAACCUGACCGCGGGGACGCCCGGACUUUGGCGAGGGGCCGCGAAGUGAGCCACUCACGUGCACAGCGAAGCGACCGCAGCGAUGACGAAAGAAGGACGAGACAGACAUCGUCUCCUCGGAAGCAGCUCCUUUCGUCCGCCUUCUCUUCGUGGGACGAGCUUCCCUCGCCCUGUGGGCGGAGCCGGCGCGAGUCGGCCUCUUCGUGGAGGCGAGAAGAGAAACGGGAGGCAGGGGAGGAGAGCGGCAGCGCGAGGCGCGCGCGAGCAGGGAGACACGACGGUCUCUGGACGAGUCCCGCGAGGCGGCCAGGGGGCGAGUUGGAGGAAAUGCAGGUGUUAAAGCCGACCGCGAGAAAGCAGAAGACGCCCUCGCCGAAGGCUGGGUCUCACGCGUGGCAAGCGCAGGAUCACCGGCGUCAGGAGCCCGGACGAGUGACGCCUGAGCGAAUUCACAGCUAUAGGUCACGUCGCUCAGAAUCAAGACUGGAGAGAGAGAGAAGGAGAGGAGAGGAAGAUACGCAUAGUGAAAACCGGACGAGCGAGAACCAGGGCUCUUCUCGGCAGUCGAGUGACAGAUGGUCGUCACGAGGUGAGACGCACAAGAGGCCCCAGGGUGGGCGCAGCGUUUCGCGGGGCAGCGAUCGCUUGGUCGUUGAGAAAGGCGUGAACAGGGAUACCUUAGAAAACCAAAUGAACAGCGAGGAACGUUGUUCACCGUUCCCGAGUAGAGACUUACGUGGACCGUCUUCUCUCGACUGUCCCGAAGCUCUGGAUUCUUCGUGCUCUGCCGCGGCUUCCCUGCCUCAAGCUCAGGUGUCUCUUCCGCAUCCCUUGCAGCCUUGCGGAGAGGGAGAAGAUCCGACAGAAACGUCUGGCGUUCCCCUUACCUGCCAAGAGCAGUCCGAGUGCUUUCCGUCAUCACCUCUUCCAGCUCCGAUCAGUCUUGCCUCCUCACCGAACUUGUCACCGUUUCCUUCUAUGAAGGCGGGCGAAGACGAGACCGGCGAAACAGAGCAGGUGCAAGAACAGAGAAAGAUGCUCUUCGAAUCGUCUCCUCUCCACAGUCACUUGCGCCUCGAGACUCCCCUAUCGCCACUUGGCUCCAGCAGACGCACUAGCAGCGGACCUUUGUGUGUUCCUGUCCCUGCCGCCUGCGGGUCUGGUGUCUCCAGUGAACAAGCCCAGAGAGGGACAGAUGCGAUGAUAGCUGCUUCCGUAGUCGCACUUGAGAAUGCUGAAAGAGAGACGACAACGAAAGAACAGACGCAUGCCGGAGAGAAGGUCGUUCGUGAGGGAAAUCUAUCACAGGUAGGAGUGGCGCACGAGGCAAGGGCCGAGACCUCAGGGAUGACAGGGCAUCGUUGCAGUGGACCUGAAACUAGGUCAUGUACUUCUUUGAGAACCCCUGGUGAGGAGGGAAGCUGGGCAAGAAACGGUGAGGAGGAGAGUUCAGUGCAGGUGGCACGCGAAGCGGGAGGAAUCGGAAAAAAAGAAGGAGACAGACUUGUCGAGAGAAGCCAGGCACUGUCUGUUUCGCUGUCGUCGGCGUCAGAAGAAGGCGCUUCUCUUGACACGGGACGGGGACAAGAAGGCCAAUCGCCAUGCCAGCAAGUGUCUCCUCGCUGCACGUUUUCACCUGGAUCUAGUCUCCACUCGGGCCAUAUAUCGUACUUGGAACAGCAGUCUGCUUCUCCAGAGACGACAGGAGGGCGCAGGAGAGAAGGCGAGCUCGAGCGAACAGGAGAGGAAGGUGAAGCACUCCAGAAGGAGCCUUCAUAUCUGGCAGGUUCAGGUCCUGCCGCGUCGCGAACUGCGUCUGGCGCCUCGCCAUCAUGCGCAUGCAGUGAAGCCAACACACCCAUCAGGCCGUCGCUCUCUCCCCCUUUUUCUCCCCGUCAGAUUCCGCUGUGCCCCGAGGAAAGUGAGGUCGUUCCGCGUCGGACGUCAUCUCUGUCUGACGGUGCAGACGCUGAGGCUGUCCCUGCCCCGUCUCCGAUGUCCCACAGUGCGGCGAUCCAGCAUGCUCGCUCGCCGCCUUCGUCUCCGGUCGCAGCGUUGAACGGGUCCGUAUCUUCUUUCUCGUGCGAGGGGACAUUGCAGUUGCCCAAGUUGGUUGACGCUGUUCACGCCCUUGCGGCGCAACCAGCCGAGGGCAUAUCCGGAAGUCUUUCCUGUUUUCCUGUGUCUUCCGGUGUUCUGAAGGCUUGUCCUUCUCUUUCUAUCCGCGACCGAGACGCAGAGCGUAUCGGUCACCUCUCGCUGGAAGACGGUCUACGCGCAAAAGAGGCGGAGGAAAGGGGGAGGACGGGCGAAGAGAGGAGACCUGUGGCGGCAGUGGAUUUGUCUGAAAAUUCACCAAGCGUGUGUGAAUCGAGUGAUGCUGUGUCGUCAUCUGCUCCACACAGUUUUGAUGUUUGCCCCCGAGAAAUUACGUCCACUGGAACGUCCCUGGUAAAGGGCGAAGAAGAGCCAGAGGUAGGAGAGCAGGCGCGAGACGAGGCCGAAGAUUUAGAGGAUGUUUUCGAGCAAAGAAGUGUCAAUGAGACCUCGUAUGACAGAGGGUCUGCACAAGAGGAGAGAGAGGACAUCGAGGAGCUACAGAGACAGCAUCAGAAAUGUCAAGAGGGGCUCGAAUUGAAUGCACAGAAUGUCCACGACGAGGCUGAACGAGAAGGCAUCUCACCGUGUCACCGCUUCACCAGCGGAGAGAGAGAGGAGGCUGUAGCUCUGAGGCUGGUGGAAGGGUCCAGUCGAAGUCGCAAGCGUUUGCAGACAGAGCCUUUUCAUGUUAUGUCGUGCAACAAGCGACCUUCACCUGGAAAGGAUACGGCCCCCCAAACCGCUGAAGCGUGCCAGCGGCUAUCGACGCACUUUUCUUCCACCCGAAGCGAUAGCUCCGGCCGACUGCUUCCCGCCAGCGCCGGAACGUCACCAGCAUCGUUAACGUCAGCGGAGGAGACACCUGUGGAAUCGGCAGGGGCCUUUUCCCCGGGGCAGGAUGGGCACCAAGGUCCGCAGACACCGGAAAGUGAUGAGUGCUCGAACGCUAUGAAGCAGGCAACUAAGGGCGGGGGAUCCAAGCGAGGUCUUGUGAGAGUCAUCACAAGACUUAUGCCCGUCAACAAGGUUAACUUAUCUGGCCUCUCUUCUUUUUUCCUCACCGCGAGGUCACGGGUUGCCACCCAGACUGCGGAAGAAGGACCCGCUCCGGUCGCGGCUGCGGAGCCUUCUGUUAGUCACACAGGUGCACCAAGCGAGUCCGUCCCUGCUUCCGCCGUGACAGGGCUCGAAGCGUAAACACACUGGCAGGGCUCUCGGAGACGACUGGUUGGCGUGUAACCGAGACGUGGUCGAAAAGGACACAGCAUGAAGCAUGUGGGCGAGACGACAGUGCGGAGAACCCGAGAACGGAAACGCAAACGGAGACAAUUCAGAAGAUGGCGAAGACGUAGCUGUAUGUUCCUUGGAUGCCAGCAUAAUAUUGUAAGGGGAUCUGGGCCACUGAGAGCGAGUCGCCUUCCUCUCUGCUGUGUAGAAGCGAGAGGCAGCAGGCUGUGGGACUGGAUGUGAGAACUUGGGCAUGCGACGCAUCGUAUCCAGGAGCGCCAGACUAUGAGAGACCAGGCAUCAUUGGCAUGUGAAACUCUGUUUCGCGGCAAAAGCGAAGCCAGGGGGAAAAACGGCGGGGCACACAGCACGUCACGGUCUACAGAGAUUAGGAAGGUGACUGAAAUAUCCAGGCACUGGAGCCAGUUCAGCACUUAGUUCGCUUUCACGUGUCCUCGCCCUUUUCUCGCAUGCACGCCAUAUGUGGUUGGCAUAUGCCCACGUAUUUAUGCCUUGGUUGGCGUAGCGAUGUAAAUCCAUAUAUGGGUACACGCACGUGCAUCCUUGCUAUGUGCGUAUAUGUAAAUGGGGAUCUGCGUCAUGGGCAGCAGCCAAGCGGGUGAGCGCAACUUGCUCCGGUAGCUGUAGAGGCACGGAGAAAAGGGAUCUCCUAAGUGCAGACGCGCUUUUUGAGAGAAAAAGAGAUCGUCUGGAAACGAAGCAGAAAGAAGUUACCUGAAAAGCGUUUCACAAAUUCAGGUGUACAAGAAGCUGCUUUCGUGUCUAGCGUUGUUGUCCCUAUGCAACCAAAUCCGUGCCGGCGUGACUCUCCCGUGCAAACAGCGAUAGACCGGCGGAAAUGCUCUCGUUAACACUAGUUUUUUUCAAACCAAAACCGCGGCAGAUCUUUCAGGGAUUGCCUCUCUUUCUGGGACUAGGUGCUCCCUGUUUGUAUUAAUGGUCUGCUUCCGCGUUUUGCUUCACCUUUGCUACAACACAAAAACAAUCAAAACAUCCAUGGCGUAAAAACGUAAUUCUUUCCGAGUUGAUCUUAAUGUAAUCUUUCGCAAUUUCUAUGUAUCGAUAUUAUGUCGUACUCAAACGCAACGUUUCUCCUCUGUAAAGCGUGCUUCUUCGACAGGGUUUGCUGUAGCGACAGGUGUUGGCAGUUUGCAGCUACGCGUUUUCGUUACCCCUUUUCUCCUGGUUCCCUCUCUGUCCUCUGGAUACACGAUCAUAAGCGAAAUAGAGUCAACUGCCCUGAGCAUUUUCGCUAAGUGCAUCUCGGCGGCGAUCGCUUAGGUGCCGAAUGGAGUUUCUAUCUGGCAGAGUUGAGACCAAUACAAUCCCUGUUAACAGGAGAUUCAAGCCAUUCCCC